GUGGGAGGGGGUGGGCAUUACACAAAAACACACACACAUAGAUACAGAAAUGGGAAGUAAAUGGGGUGCUGGUGCUGCUGCUGCGUUGAGUUCGCUCGGCACGAUCGGGAAGAAAGAUCUCACAGCCAGACUCGGAGCGCACGAAACGUUGUGUGAGCGCACAAAACCGGGAGACCGGCCGCAAACGGGAGAAAGAGAGCCACACGGCACGGAAAACGGGCAUGGCGGGCAGAUGAUGGGUUGAUAUUAGUGCCGGGAGGCCGCGCGAAGGGGCAAAGAGCGCAGGUUGACGAGCCGGGGACACGAGAGCAGCAGCAGCAGCAGCAGGGAGUAGGGGCGCCCCGCGGGGCAGCGGUUGGCAGAAGCGGCAGUCGGCACUGUUGAUUCUUUUAGCGCGCUACCCUGGCAGUAAUCGCACAGUUUUUCCUCGACCGUCCGUGUGUUAAUCUCGCGUGUGCGGCCCCCUCCGAGAGCGAAUUCUGCUGCUGCUGCUGCUGCUCCACGCUGUCUCUGGCGCUUCGUUUACACACGGGAAAAACUCGUGCGACGCAAAACAGUGACGCGUGUUUGCAUUAAGUGGUUCUUGUUUUUUUUUUAGUUAAAAACAAAAUUAAAUAUUUUUGUGUAAAAAUAAAUGUUUCGUAAAGUUUUGUAAUUCGUUCCAUCCAACAUUCGAUCGCUGAAAUUUCGUUCCAUUGCAAUCGCCGAUCGACCAGGCGCCGUCCCGAGUGACGAAGCAACAAGGCGCCCUGACACUGUCCAGCGCCGCCACAACUGUGCCGUACACAAGCUCCUCUUCCCCCCCACGAACGGGUUGCCAAAGGAAAAGGGUUUCGGGCAAGGGUUCCCGUGGAUCGUGAACGGCAUGUCAGUCAGUUGCUCUGCGAUCGCGAAACACGCCAAAGCUUUCGCAGUUGUGCUCUGUAGGGGAAAAUAAACAACAACAGCAGCCACGUGCUUACGGUGAAGACGUAGCGAACGCAAGUGCACCAAUCAAUCGACAAAGUGAAUAUAGGGAAAAAAUAGGGAAAAUGUUGGAAAUUGUGAAGAGAAGCUUUAUCUGAAAGUACAUCCAAGCUAAACGUUUGAAUUGAGUGUUGCUGUGUUUUUUCCGGUAAUUUGUUGCUCCUAGCGAGCGUAAAGUGCGUUCUGAGGUAUUGUCGUUGUGUUUAAAGAUUGUACGAAAGUUUGAUGCUACGGUGAAUCGGUGCUGAAGUGCAAGCAAAAGUGUGUUCUACCAAAUUGUUGUCUUUGUGCAGUGCAAGUGAGGCGUCAAGAAAAGGGUGCCAAAAAACACUCAAAACCAACAGACAACGACAGUGCGUGGUACUAUUCAUCUGCAAGCAGCUCAUGGCAGUGUUGUGAACCGCAAUAGAAAAGCAACGUGUUACCGCCGCGCCCACCAAAGCACCCACCGCCAAUGCUGCUGCUGCAGUGUUCGUUGCGCGGCCGGCAGUGACUCGCGACGAAAGAUGCGCUUCCCUCGCUUCGAACCAACCGAAAAUGAGCAUCCAAUCGGCCGAAGUGCAUCGACCAUCCGGCAGCGGUUCCGGCAGCGACCAUGCACCGAUCUGCGCGCUCGCACUAGCGCCCCGUACCGCCCAGCCGCCCCGACGCAGUGACCGGCCGGCGGGUCGUGGCGUGGCAGCGGCCAGCGGCAAAAUGGUUCCGACCAGCGACGUGCCGGCGAAGCUGACGCUGCUGCUUAUGCUGCUAAUUGCCGUUAUUGACCACGGUGAAGCGGGUACCUGUUGGUUGCGGCGGUUCGACUCGUCGGGAAAGUGCAGCCAGCUGUUCGCACGCAACGUGACGCGGGAGAGCUGCUGCGGGGCCGGUGCCAGCGGUGGGAAGGGCUACAGCGAACGGGACAUUCCCGACGUCGGCCUGUUCUUCCUCAACGCGUUCAACGACGGGAUGGAGUGCACAUCAUGCCUAGAUACCUGCGAUCGGACAAAAUGCGGCCCGAACAAACGGUGCGUGAUGCGUCGCAACCGCCCGAAGUGCAUCUGUGCACCGAGCUGCAGCGGGGGCAGCAACAAACGGCGCCCCCAAACACCCCGACGCAACAACCGGCUGCAUCAGCUGCACCAGCAGCAGCACCAGCAGCAGGAGGAGCAGCCGCGCUUUCACCAGCAAAACAUUAAGGUGAUCAACCUGAGCGAAAGCCAGCGCGGCCACCGACAGUAUUUCGCCGACGCCGGGCGGCAACCGAGACCGCGCCAGCUCCGGUACACGGGCCCGGAGAAGGGCGGCAGGAGUGUAAAAAAGACUAGCCUAAGUGAGAACCGACCACCACCGCCGCCAGCCGACGGUGGCAGCCAAAGAGCGAGCGCCAAGCACGGCGCGAAGGAUAAUGCUAAAGCUAGGAAGCAUAAUUUAUUGGAAUCUGUGACAUUAGUGAGUAGUAGUAGCAGCCAUAGUAGUAGUGCUAGCAGUAAUCGUGCAAGCAGCAGCAGUAGUAGCGGUAAGCAUAGUAGAAGCAGUAGCGGCACGUCCAAAGGCACCCCGUCCACCGGCAACUGCACCGUGGCGGGCAUCGGUCCGGCAGCGGCCGGCUGCACCGUGCCGGGACGCGGCUGGACCGGUGGCGAACGGAUCGUUCUACAGCAGAACGGGCUAGCUUUAAAUUAUCCCACCGGCAGUAAGGGUGCGGCAGCGAAAGGACACGGUGCUGAUGCUGCGACAUCGGUCCCACCCAACACAACGCGACGCCACCAUCGGAAGAGUCCAGCGGUGCCGGUGCGCGGUGGCAACCAGACGACGAGCGAACAAACCCACCGAAAGGCCACGACCGUGGCACCGUUUGUCGCGUUCGGGAAGCCAAAGCUGCUGCGGGUGCCGCGGGUCGGCCGCAAGCAGAACGCGACCGCGGUGCGGGUGCCGCGCCGCGAGCCAAACUAUUUGGAUGACGUUUUCUUCAUCGAGAACUAUCACAGCAAGCAGCGACGCAAUCGCAAGCACCCGGGCCUACCGAUCGAGGAUGUGUGGGGCAACGAAAUUAUGCAUCAGGCUAGUUUCUACAACCCAGUUUGUGGCACAGACGGUCGAACGUACAAAACGGAGUGUCAGCUAAAGAAGCGUGCUUGCCGGCAAGAGAUCACAUCCCUGAUGGUAGCCUACAAAGGACAUUGUCAAACAUCCUGUAAGUUUGUACAGUGUCCGGAUGGGAAGCGCUGCAUCGAAGACCAGAACGCCACCCCGCACUGUGUGUCCUGCGGCGUAGCGGAGUGUCGUGCUGAUCGAUCACCUAAAUCCGUCGUCUGCGGUACGGACGGGAUCACCUACCCAAGUAUCUGCGAGCUGAAACGGCAGGCCUGUCUAAACGGUCGGGCCAUUCCGGUCGCUUACCGGGGAAGAUGUGUUGAAGCCGCCACUUGCGAGACGAUCAAGUGCAAGGAUCGGCAGCACUGUCUAACGGAUCUGAAAACGCAUAAACCGCGCUGUGUCAGCUGCAGCUACAAAUGUCCCCGCUCGAAACGCCAGCAGGGCUACGGAAAACUGUACCGUGAUGCCAAAAAUGUUCCCUUCUACGAUCACAACGUGAAGCUGUGCGGCACCAACAAUCGAACAUAUCACUCCUGGUGCCACAUGCAGAAGGACUCCUGUACGACGGGAUUCUACAUCGACGUCCAGCAUGGCGGCUCGUGCGCCUUUGGAAGAUAAACCCACCAAAAGGAUCGAUUCGGAUCGAUCGAACGAUCUGUCGAAUAAACGUUGCACAGUAAAAUGAAUGUGACUGUGUCGUAUCCGCAAGCGCAAGAUACCAGCACCGGAAGUAUAAUAAACGUUAAUGCAAGAGAAAGAGAGAGAGAGAGAGAGAGAGAGAGAGAGAGAGAGAGAGAAGAAACAGUAAGAUAAUUGAACAAAAAAACGGGAAGUACAUUUGUCGAGAGGAGUGUGUUGGGACAGAAAAGAUGUAAAGAAAUACUUAUCAAUGGUACAUAUUUAACUGUAAAUUUAGAAACGCAACCACCAGAAGAGGAGCACACACAUUACCGAGCAUUUUUUUGUUUUUUUAUUAUUAUUUUUAUUUAUGAGCCAACAAUCCGUCACUUCGUUAAGUUAUUUAUUUACCAAAACCGUGUAGGAAAGUAGCAUGCAUAUUGCACUAUAAGCAAAUCGAAACAUAGAAGCAGUGUGGUGUAGAAAUGGUUGUACAUAAUACAAAACAAAUCAUAAUUUAAACUGUAGUGUACGUCUGUCGACAACAAUAUGUCACAAGACGCUAGACCGUUCGCUGUAGAUGUAGAAAUAUUUAACCCGAGCCGACCCGUGUCGCUGCGUCCCCUUUACUACUAUCUGUCAGAACAGCACAGUACACCCACCUAGGAGCGCGGUUACGGUUUUAUGAGUAGUUGUAAGUAAGCUGUUUUAUGUAUUUUUGUUUUAUUUUUUGCUUUCUAAAACUUCAAGCACUAUUUAUUGUACCUUACCCCCUGGUCGAAUGCUGUAUCCGAGCACGGCCAUGGAGCAAAUCGGAGGAAGCGGAGGGGAAGCGAGCAUGUAUAGUAGUGAAAUUUACGCGUAACGUUUGUCGAUAGGAUUUCCCUAGCAAUCGAAACCAAAAGAAAACGAAAGAGAACGGUCACAGCAGAAGACAGUAGAAGGAAGGAAGGAAAUUUAUCAACCCUAAACGAUGUACUUUAAUCUCGCCACUCUAGGGCGAUAAUAUAUAAUAAUUCUUGAAAAGAUUUAAAAAACGAAUUGGCAAAAAAAAACAACAAUGCUAAACCACAAAACAAGGAAAAAGACAGUGUGCUUGGUGGCAGUGAAUGUUUCGAGUGCCAGCAACCAGGAGUGUAAGAGUGUUGCGAAUAAAAUCAACAAGCUGAAGCAUCAUCAAACAAGUAAAUCAAUUGGUGCUCCGCAAAAUAAAAACACAACCCACACAUUGCGAGCUGUUCCGUUGUAUACAGAUAGCAGACAAAUCAAUGCACCGUAGCCGUUUAUCCACGUGCCACCAAUCUAUUACAAUCAACUGUGUUCGGCGUCGUCGCGUGGCGCUGGGACAUCAAAACAAACAUAAGCAAAUCAUGCAGAGUUUUAGGUGUGAAUUUAGUCGGUUUCUCCCCAGUUAGUCUGGUUCAUUGGAAAGUUUUAGGACAAUUUAAGCGAAAAAAUAACCCAAAAACCCCCAAACCAGAGCACAGAGGACAGAGGCCUUUCCGGUAAGGGGGGGGGGGG